AUGAACUCAAAACCAAACCCAACUCUUCAUGCCCUACUCUCUAACCCUUACUCACCACCUUUUAUCUACAUACAUCAUCCUCAUCAUCCAUCUUCUUCUCCUUCUGUCCUUUCUUCUUUCCCUCCGAAUUGCUUGGUGACAAAAGUGGACGGGGUGGAACAUCAUACUCCUCGAUUAUUAUAUUCUUCUAUAUUAUCACAACUAACUUCUCAUCUUUCUAAACUAUCCCAGUUAUCUUCUCAUCUUCCAACAUCAUCUCAACUAUUUUCUUCUUCUUCUCAUCUCUCUGGACCAUCUGAACUAUCUACUAUGGAAUCAGAAGAGGGUGUAUCAACAUGGGAUGGAUUCUCAAGAAAGUUGAAACAGAUUCAUAAAGACAUCAAAUCUCUUUCAUCUGAUCAACCUGCUGAAGUCGAUACGUCAUCUACGUUCGAUACUCUUCACACACUUGGUCACGCUGGUUUAUCAAAUAUAUCGGAAUCCAUCGGACAGGGAUCAUCGAGGGAUGCUACAACGAAAAGACAAACUCAGGCAUCUGGCUCGAAGGAAAAGAAAAAUACUCAGAAGAAACAACCUCUCAAAGAGGACGAGAAGGAUGAUAGUGACGAGAUUGAAGAAAGGGAAAAAACAUUAGUGGUGAUAAUCACUAAAGCUGAAAGAUUAAGAAGUUCUUUUGGACAUGGAUGGAGUGUAAUAACACGGAUGGCUGAAUUGACUGACUUACCAAUCACUGUAAUAUUUUGUUCUCAAUUGCCUUGGGAUGAAUUACGUCCGCCAAGAGGGGAUAGUUUGGAACCUGUACAUAUAUAUAUACCGCCUCCUUCUCGACAGAACCUCACUCAAUCCCUAUUACCAUGUUCCUCCCACCCUCUCUGGUCUCGAUUCCUCGAUUUAAUCAUAUCUUCCCUCUCUCAUCUCCCCCCAUACCCAAUCGAAGAAAUCCAUUACCUAUCACUCUCCCUCUGGCCAAUCUACAUCCGUCCCCUUCCUCCUCAUUCCGAACAAACACUUCUCUCACUCCCUUCACCCACACCUGAUACACCUCCUCUCACUAUCACCUUGAAAUUACUUACAGAUUUAAAACUACAACUAUCUCUAGCUCUUCAAGCAAGUACUGAAACUCUACUUCCUCGUCUUAUCGGUCGAUCAGAAUUCUUAAAAGCUUUUCUACCUAUUUCCAAAACAACUUCUCGACCUACAUUACCUCAACCUCCUCCGUUGGAAUUACCAUUAUGUGGUAAAUACCUAUUGAUAGCUUCAUAUUGCGCUUCUCAAAACCCUCCGAAAAGCGAUGUCAGGUUAUUCGGAAGAGGGACAGGUCCUGAUGGGAAAAGAAAAAAAGGUGGUGGGAGAAGAACGGGUUAUGGGAAAAUGAGAAUUGGUAAAGUCCCACAAAGAUUGUUAGGUCCGAAACCUUUUGGGUUGGAUAGGAUGUUAGCUAUGUUUUCAAGUUUGUUUUCUGAACAUGUUCCAAGACCGGAGGAUUUGGAUUCUUCAGGAAGUGAGAGUGAAGAAGAAAUGGAUGGUUGGUUGGUUAGUGUUGAAGAACAGAGAAAAAGAGUGGAGAGGAAAAGAAGAAGAGAGGAAGAAAGAGAUUUGAAAUGGGAAGAAGAGGUUGAACAUUUAAGUAUGAGUGUUAGACUUUGGACUUUGAUCCCUCAGUUGGAAAAUCAAAACCUACUAAAACGUAUUUCUCCAAUGGACAGAUUAGAUAAUAUGAUGUUCCGUUGUGAAGUAGAUUAUGAUACUGUCAAGAAUCUAGCGAGAGAGUUGAAAUUCACUCUGGAUGAUUAUCUAUACGAAGGAACGUUUUAG